GAGAUCUGAUCUGUUUUUUGAAGCUUCUCUGUAGAGUUUCUUCUCCUGCUGGUUAGAAGAAGGAGGAGACUUGCAUAUAUAUUCUCUUAAAUUGAGUUAAUUUUGAUUGAACUUGCUCUAACGGUUCGGUCAGAAUCAAGAUUCUAGCUUAGCUCGUUUGAAGGAGGGAGGGAAAAGAUAAAAAGGGAGAAAUGGUGAUGGCUUGUGUUGAUCUUCCAAAAGCUGCUGAUUCUUCUUCUGUACCGAUCCCUCCACCUCUUCCUUCAAAAUCUGAUGGCCACCAAAAAAGAUACCGCAACGAUGCAGCUCCAGAGCACACCUGCGUUCCCACAGCCACAAGAGAUAUGUGGGAUCGUCUUUUCAAUGACGGAUACAAAGCUAAUGUUGUCAUCUACACUGAUAAUGGCGGCAUCGUCUAUGCUCAUGCCAAUAUCAUUGGGACUGCUUCAAGUGUGAUCAAAGGCAUGUUGAAGCAAGCCAAAAAACAUGGAAAGUGGUAUACAAUCUCAAUCCGUGGCGUCCCUCAUGAAGCUGUCCGAGUUUUCAUUCGUUUCCUCUACUCUUCUUGCUAUAAGAAAGAAGAGAUGAAUGAGUAUAUAAUGCACUUGCUGCUUCUGUCUCACGCGUACGUGGUUCCUCAGAUGAAACGGGUCUGCGAAUGGCAUCUAGAACAUGGUUUGCUCACCACUGAGAACGUAAUCGACGUCUUCCAGCUUGCCCUGCUCUGUGAUUUCCCUCGGCUCAGCGUCAUAUCUCACCGUAUGAUCAUGAAACACUUCAAGGAGCUUUACGCGACAGAAGCAUGGACAGCUAUGAAGAAAAGCCACCCCUUUCUCGAGAAAGAACUUAGAGACUCUGUCUUCAUCGAAGAAAACGCUCGGAAAGAGAGGAUCAGAAAACGCAAUGAAGAGAGGAUAUACUCUCAGCUAUACGAAGCGAUGGAAGCGCUUGUUCAUAUAUGCAGAGACGGGUGUAAAACUAUAGGACCCCACGAUAAAGAUUUGAAGCCCAACCACGCCACGUGUCACUACGAAGCUUGCAAAGGGUUGGAAUCGCUGAUCAGGCAUUUCGCUGGAUGCAAGCUUAGAGUUCCGGGAGGUUGCGUGCAUUGCAAGAGAAUGUGGCAACUCCUCGAGUUGCAUUCACGUGUUUGCGCUGAUUCUGAUCAGUGUCGAGUCCCACUAUGCGGAAACUUUAAGGAGAAGAUGGAGAAACAGAGCAAGAAGGAUGAGGUUAGAUGGAAACUUCUGGUGAAGAAUGUGUUAGGUUCUAAGAAAAUUGGAGCCUCUCCUUUCUUUCUACCUGUGACCAGCUCUUCCUCCACCAUGUCUUAAUCGUUUUCUUCAGUCCCAAGAAGGGCGAGUUUUAAGCGUUUCUUGUGAUCUUCUCCCUGAAAAAAAGUGUAACAUAAUAAAAUGAAAUGAAAGAAGAAAACACAUUUGGUGGUCAAAAUCUAUAAGUUGGUUGGUUAUGAAUGUUAGAUCCGGUUUAUUUAUAUAGAGCUUGAUUACUCGUUUCGGUUUA